CGUUCGCUUGCCGGGCUCUUGUGGCGCCUCGCGGCUCCCGUCGCCGCUGCCCGAACGGCGCCCGGGAAAAGCCAAAGUCGGCUGUGAGGAGUUUGCGUCGAAAGCGGCGGGCCUGAGGGUGAGUGAGGGCCGCUUCCGAAGCGGGUGGUGGGUGGGCAGGCCUAUUAACCCCCUAUUAAUCGAGGAAUGGGGCUUUUAAGCGAUGAGUUGCCAGCCCCGGGGUCAGGCAAUCCCGCACCUGUUGAAUUUCCCCCUUCUCCUUCUCCUCACCUGUGGAAGUGCAGGCGUCGCCGCUGCCCUCUCUUUCACCAGCCCGCCCUGCCUCUGCAGCGCAAGGCCUCGGCAUCUCAGGGUCGUAGAGUCGGAAGGGACCCUGAGGGUCAUCUAGUCCAGCCCCCCUCCCCGCAUUGCAGGAAUAUAUAGCUGCCCCAUAUAGGGGUGGCACCUGCCCCCUUGGCGUUAUCAGCACCACCCUCUGGCCAACAGGAGCAGCUUGCUAUUUCUUCCCGCUGCUUUUAUUGCACUUUGUACAUGGCAUUGUGACGUGCAUGGGAGGCAGCCAAUACAGUGGUACCUCGGGUCACAGACACUUCGGGUUACAGACUCUGCUAAGCCAGAAAUAGCACCUCGGGUAAAGAACUUUGCUUCAGGAUGAGAACAGAAAUCGUGCAGCGGCAGCAGCGGGAGGCGCCAUUAGCUAAAGUGGUGCUUCAGGUUAAGAACAGUUUCAGGUUAAGAACAGACCUCCGGAACGGAUUAAGUUCUUAACCCGAGAUACCACUGUAAAUAAUAAUGCUCCCCUGGAUGCCAAGCAGCAUUUUUAAAAUCCUGGACUAAAUCCUGCAUUAAAGUUGACAGUUUUCUGUGCCGCCGUUAAGGGUAUUCGCAGUAUCACCACAACAAGCGAACUGAACCCUGAAAGUUAAGUUUUAACUUGCUCUUGAUUUACAUCGACAAAAAUAGGAAGCUGUAUCUUUGGGUAGUGUAAAAAAAUUAAAGAAGCUCUGGAAUAAGUAUGUCGUCAUUUGUUGAAUUUGUUAGUUGCUUUAUCAUGGGCGACCCAAAGCAACUUAACAACCAAACAAGGGCGACCGAGAUGAUCAAGGGUCUGGAAACCAAGCCAUAUGAGGAAUGGUUGAGGGAGCUGGGUAUGUUUAGUGUGGAAAAGAGGAGACUGAGAGGAGAUGUGGUGGUUGUUGGCAUCCAUCUGUCUGAAGAGACAGUGUAGGAGUGUGCUUUGGGGGUUAAAGUCAAACUGUUGGAGAGUCACAGCGCCUGCUGUCGAGAGCGAUACAGGAGAGACAUGUUUUGUUGCAGAUGGAGGUAUCUAGUUUCACUGUUGCAGGUGCACCAUGGCAUUUUCUCUCUCCCCACACUCCUCCCAGUGUUCAUAUGGUAGCUUUCUUCAAAUAUCUAAAAGGCUACCACAUGGAGGAUGGAGAAAGCUUGUUUUCUGCUGCCCCAGAGGGUAGGACCAGAACCAAUGGAUUCAAGUUAACAGGAAUGGAGAUUCCAACUACUGUAGACAUCAGAAAGAGCUUUCUGACAGCAAUAACUGUUUGACAAUGAAACAAGCUCCCACAAGAGGUGGUGGACACUCCUUCCUUGGAGGUUUCAAAGCAGAAGUUGGGUGGCCAUCUGUCAUGGAUGCUUUUGCUGAGAUUCCUGCAUUGCAGGGAUUGGGCUAGAUGGCCUUAAGGUGGUCCGUUCCAACUCUACAAUUCUAUAAUUUAUGAAAUGGACCAACAAGGGUGGCGGGAAACAACCCACCCCACGCAGACACAUUAAAACCAAAACGAAAAAGAAAUGCAGUAAAAACACGCUACCCACUUCUAAACAGCCACAGAUAGUUGAAGGCCACAGUCCUGGUUAUAGAGGAACAUUUUUGCAUGUUUUAGAAGCAUGUUCCCCCAGCCAUUAGUAUGUUACUAGGGUCAAAAUCCUCUGGUUGAACUUUUCAUUGCAAAAUACAUAUACCUAUGGCAUAUAUAUUUUUUUUGCCAUCAGGAAUCAGACCUAUGGCAUAAUGUUCUGGGGGCUACUCACCUGGUUGACAUUGCCCCUGCAUUUCAGACGCUUGCUAUUUACAAUUCCCUUACUUAACAAAAGUGGACCGUGGCCCCUCAGACUUUUCUGCAACGUGUCUUUGACAAAACAAUAGUGCGUUAAUGUUUUUUGUUGAAUCUCUCUUUAACGCCACCUGAGAACACUUAGAACCCGAUCCUGUACAUAUUUGGUUGGAAGUAAGUAACACUUUAUACAGGAAAAUGACUCACAAUUGUAUAUAUUCAUAAGCAUUUUAUCUCUUUCUUUCUUAUACUGCGCAUGCCCAGUCCAGGAGCUGUAGCACUGGCUAGAUCACUGUUGAUAGCACCAAUUCAGCAGGAGGAGUCUGGAUUCAUUCAGCUCUUUCCCACUAAACAUACUGUAUACACUAGUCAAUGUUUUUAUGUUCUCCCUAUAAAGACAUGCAGAACAUACUGACUGGGGUGGUUGGACUUGUUAGGAUACCUCCUAAUGAGCACAUGUAUCUUCUAAGACAUCUCAGUUCCUAGAAGAAUCUGAAAACGACUCCCCUUCCCCUCAAAAAUGAAAGUCCUGAAGUACUUUUGAAGUGGUGGUUCUUCCAAGCUGCCUGGAAAUUCAGUAAACUUAUAGUCCAAUCAUACUGAUUACUAGAAAAAUAUGAAAAUGGUAUAUUUGAUGGCACUGAACAAGCAAAAUCUUUUCUCUCUCACUGCAACUUGUGGCUUUUUGUCUGGAUCCCCAGGAGGAUGUGUUCCCUAGCGCUCUUCCCACCCCCUCCGCCUCCGGGAGACAUCACGCUUUAUGAAUUUAAUAAUGCCCUGGUUUCUGGCCGCAGCUUUGAGAAGCUUCCACUUUCUUUCCAAGGACAGGUAAGCAACAGUUUUCAGUCACAGGAAGAAACUAAUGUUAGGUAGCGAUGAGAGAAUAGAUGUUCUAGCUUGUACUUGAGUCAUUUUGGCUGUCAAAAGGCUUCCAUAACUACUAAUUGAACAUGCUGUUUGUCACAUAAAUGUGCAGCCAGAAAAGGAGCAGUCAGCCAGAGAAAAUUAUUGAAAAGAAUACUGGUGGGCAUAUUUAGUAAACAAAUAUAGGCAACUCCCUGUUUACGCAGGGGUUACGUUCCAGGUCAUGGCAUGUGUCAGUGGAGUGCGUGUAAGCUUCUUCCGCCCUCUUCUGGUGCUGAAUGUGGUGUGUGGAUCCAUGGUUAUGCAUACAUCAAACAUGCACAAGAUGGAAGUUGCCUGUAUCAUGUACUGUAUCAUCACAGUCGACUGGUUGGACAUCACUGAUGUACUAGAUACUUAAAAUAGGAGUAAAAAGUUACGUUCCACACCUGAAUUCUGUGACCUAUAUAUCUUAUGCAGAUUUGCACAUUUAUUUUCCCAAUUCAUUCUAUUUCUGCUAGUCAUAAAGAAGAGCAAAGUUCUAUGCAGCGCAUGAAGCUUCACACCUUUAAUAAGAAAAGUCCUACGUAGACCCGGUUUCUGGCUAUUUUUGUUUCACUAUGUGUUGCCUGCACAUUUUCCAGUGCUUCAAUCAGCUUGAAGGACUAGAAAUGUGCUCCUCUUCUCCCACAAAGUGCGAAAUUUUACCUAUUCUGAAUUCUGUACCCAUGAAUUCCAGUUACUGCAUCUGUGGAAUGCAGUGUAAAACAAAACUUUUGUUUUGGUUGAUUCUCUUUCCUAGUUUUGUUUGUUUGUUCAAGCAUCCCCCCCCCCAGGCCUUUUCACUUACUAUUGAUUGUCUUGGUUGGCUGUACAGCUAGAAGACUUGCCUGUCCUGACCAUCCCCAAAGAAACUCUGAAAGCUCACAGUCGACAGGAACACAGCACUAAACCUGCCUUCAUCCAUCACCGUGAGUCACUAUGGAAGAGGUGCAUCAAUGCCUGGUGAGUAUGGACCAAAUUUGAUCUGACCUGGGAGUUAAAACAUUGAUCUGCCCCAGUCACAUAGUAAAAGGGAUGAGCCGAGAAGGCUGGGGAGGGAGGAAGAACCCAGUCUUAACAGCAGAUGGGGCACAGAGGGGAAGAGUGCAAAUUCCUCCUUCCUUCUGCUCACUGAUUGCCUCCCCACAGCCCACCAUGCAAAGCUUUCUCACUUAGGCAAGUACUAAGCGACGCAGGUGGCACUGUGGAUUAAACCACAGAGCCUAGGACUUGCUGAUCAGAAGGUUGGCGGUUCGAAUCCCCGCGACGGGGUGAGCUCCCGUUGCUUGGUCUCUGCUCCUGCCAACCUAGCAGUUUGAAAGCACGUCAAAGUGCAAGCAGAUAAAUAGGUACCGCUCUGGCGGGAAGGUAAACGGUGUUUUCGUGUGCUGCUCUGGUUCACCAGAAGUGGCUUAGUCAUGCUAGCCACAUGAUCCGGAAGCUGUACGCCAGCUCCCUUGGCCAGUAAAGCGAGAUGAGCGCCGCAACUCCAGAGUCGGCCACGACUGGACCCUAAUGAUCAGGGGUCCCUUUACCUUUACCUAUGCUGCUAUCAGAGCACCACUGAGGAGAAAGCACCUUUGAAGAGCAAGGUCAGACUAUAGGGAGAUAACUGGUCCCUGGGAGGAAAGUUUUGCACUCCUUACAUGCACCCCCCUUUUGCUAUUAAAUAGCAUAUUUGCCCAUUAGUAGCUUGCACAAUGAAAAUAACAUUUGCACAGCGCCACCUCCCCCCGUUGAUGUGCAGGAGAUUUCACAAAACGCUCUGUCCCUAGGCGUGACGUUGGAAUCGCUGGAGUGCUUGAAGAGCUUGCAUAUGCAGAGGAGGAUGGUGACUUGGACCAGGAGAUGGAUGAGCUGCCUUGGACAGAUUCUGCAAAGGAGCUAGGUAGCUUUCAAUACAGUUGUACAUAUUGGACCCAUUGCCCACUUUAAACCAGGUACAAGGGACUUGAGGCCACCAGAUUUUAUUGGACUCCAACUCCCAUCAACCUCGAACAUUGGCCAUGCUGACUGGGGCUGAUGGAUGCUGUGAUGCAACAACAGAGGGAGGGCCACAGGCUCCCCAUCCCUGCUUUAAACUCACUGCAAAGAUGUUUCGAUGUCACACUGUCUUUUUCUUUGGGGCUGCUUUUAAUCCCCCCACCCCAUCCGGGGUACAGGAUUAAGACCCAUUGCUUGCCAAAUCCUGUCUUGAGGCUCCACACUGCUUUGACAAAUGGCUCAGAUUUCUUCCACCAUCUCCUUCCUUGCCUUUGCAGCUCUCCGAUGGAUGAAAGCAGGAUCCCGCUACACAUUAGCACUCUGCUGUUGGGUCUCCUCUCUCCAUGGCUCCUUCUUUCCCCAUUUGUCGGUGAGGCUUGUGCAAAGUAGGCCUGAGCAGGACCGAAGAACAUUGGCAGUCUAAUGGUCCACACUGGGAGCAGGGGGGAGGGAGGACAGCCAUGGCAACUGAACACUAAUUGCAUGGUUACCCCUCUCCCUUAUUUCUAGAAGGAAUCUUAUUCCCCACCCCAUUCACAUGUUGGCCACCCACCAGUUCCCUUGAAACUGUGUUCAAGACGUAGCUUGCUUCAGAUCCAGAUUUAAAGCUGGGUCACAUCAUGAGCGGCUGCUCUUAGAAGUACUAAAUUUUUCUGUCUAUCAUUUCCUCCAAAGCUGCAAAGUGAAGACAUGAUAGCACAGUUCUCCCAGGCUGUGGAUUGGUAAGUUAUCUCCCCACCCGUGUUUGUUUGUGUGUGUGUAUGUAUGUGUACGCUUCUUGGCAUGCAUGUGAGGUUUUGAGCAGUUUCCCAUCUACUUAGGUGCUAGGCAGGGGACAGCAAUUUUUCGCUGGCUUUGACUGUCCAAAAAACCAGUUGCCAUCAGGGCAAGGAUUGCCCCUGACCUUAUGCUAUAUCUCAAAUUCAGUUCUAGGGGGAAAUCGCCUUUCAGCUCUGAGUUUAAAGCUGUGGGGUGCAGAAAACAAGCCCCCCUCCAACAGCUCAGAGGCUUGCUCUGCCCCUGUACAGAAGGGACACUGGGAGCAUCCCUCGGCUGUAAAGGCAAGCUCCCUUCUCUAGCUUGGAGCUAAAGAGGAGAGCCGGAGAUGGCUCAGCUUCCUCUGCCUUUCCCCCCCAAGCUUCAAGUACCCAGUGGGUGUAGAGGAAAGCUCUGCUUCAUCUUCGAUCUGAAGCAAGGAGGCAGUGGCACAUUUGUUUACAUCUUCCUGUACAGUGGUGCCUCACAAGACGAAAUUAAUCCGUUCCGCGAGUGUCUUCGUCUAGCGGUUUUUUCGUCCUGCGAAGCAACCCUAUUAGCGGCUUAACGGAUUAGCGCUAUUAGCGGUUUAGCGGCUAUUAAAGGCUUAAAGGCUUAGCGGAUUAGCUGCUAAAAGGCUAUUAAAGGCUUAGCGGCUUAGAUAAAGGGGGGGGGGAGCGGAAAAAAAAUCUCAAGACUCGCAAGACAUUUUCGUCUUGCGAAGCAAGCCCAUAGGGAAAUUCGUCCUGCGAAGCAACUCAAAAACAGAAAACCCUUUCGUCUAGCGGGUUUUCCGUCUUGCGAGGCAUUCGUCUUGCGGUGAGAUUGAACCUUGGAUCUAGGCACUAAAACUGUGCAGUAUAGGUAUGAAUGACUUAUUCCCAAGCGGUCCCUGCGGGAUGAUCUGCACCCAUACAAACAUGCAUUGGCCUUUUCCCCACUCUUAUAUUCACUAGAUUGAUGAACCUGGAAUAACUACCACUCAUUGGUUCUUCAUUUAUAAUUAUUAGCACAAACAAGGAUCCUCACUUCACCUGCAGUUAUGCAGUGAAAUAUUGGUGAUGGAGGAGCUCCUCCUUUAAACCAGUACUCAGCCAUCCUGCUUAUGUAUACAAGAUGAAUAUAGUCUGCUCAGGGGUGAGCAUUUUGCAUGUAGCCUUCCUUGAGUGUGUACUCUGGGUCCCAUCCACCCAAAUGUGUCUAGCUUCCACAUACCUUAGCUGCCACCUGACUCUUUGUGUAAUGAAACUUGCCUAAUGCUCCCUUACCCUUUCCUGUCUUCACCCUCCAGGGCAGGCUGCUCAAUCCGAGCCUUCGCGUGGCAUCCUCACACCAGCAAGUUUGCUGUGGCCCUGCUGGAUGACUCCAUCCGUGUUUACAACGCAAGCAGGUGAGGGGGUUGGGGUUUUCCUCUCCGCACCUGAGCAGCCAAGUUUCUGUUAGGAUUGGCAGGGCCCCAUCUAUCUGCUCACAGGCAACUCUGAACAAAGCAUGCCAUAAUCUCUCUAGCAGUGUGCAGCAGCAGCAGCAGCAGUGCAACCUAGCAUAAUGGUUUGCAAAUUUGUCAUCUCAGGGCAAGGAAAAUAACUGAGUUAAAUACAAAUAAGAGUAAUCUUGUUUUUUUAAAAAAACAACAACAACCCAAUAAGCGAGUUGAGCCUCGGAAAAGAAUACAGGCGCCCCCUCCCCUAUUUACACGGGGGUUAUGUUCGGUGCCCCUGCAUGCAUAAGUGAAAAUCGCGUAAGUGGGGAGCACCCUUUAAACAUCCUCUCUGAUGCUCUCCCUUCAAUCUAUAGCAAAAAAUACUGUAUUCACAACUAGAGUUGAAGCUCAGGGGCCGGCAAAAGGCUGAAGGACACACAGGAAAGCGGCUGCGGCUGCUGUGCUAACUCUCACAUCCCCUGUCAUGUGGGGAGGUUGAGCAGUAUAAACAAAGCCCCCCUGGGCUCUUCAGGGCUUCCUCCACCCUCAUAGACAUCAUCUUUGGGCUCCUGGGAAGGUCUCCACAAGAGCCAUGAGGACACUCCAGCUCUCUCCUGCCAUUUCCAGGUUUGAAUUGACUUACGUAAUUAUUUCCCAGGCUAUAAUAGGUUGGCAGACCUCAGUGCUGACAUGGGACUAAGCUGGCCAAGGGCGUUGGGGACAAAUACGAGUUAAAAUUCCCAGAGGAGUGUAAUCUGCCAUAUGGGUGCUCUGACCUCAGUCUUGCACAAUAUAUAUACAGUAGUACCUCUGGUUACGUACUUAAUUCAUUCUGGAGGUCCGUUCUUAACCUGAAACCGUUCUUAACCUGAAGCACCAUUUUAGCUAAUGGGGCCUCCUGCUGCUGCUGCCGCACCGCCACCACACGAUUUCUGUUCUCAUCCUGAAGCAAAGUUCUUAACCCGAGGUACUAUUUCUGGGUUAGUGGAGUCUGUAACCUGAAGCGUCUGUAACCCGAGGUACCACUGUAUUUUUUAAUUAAUCCAGUGACCUCAUGGCCCGUGGAUGCAUUCUGAACUUUACAAUGCAAGAGUACAUACAUCAGAUCUCCUGUCAGUUAAGCAUAACUUACCAAUGUUAAGUACUCCUGAGUGUGCACUCCUUAGAAAAUAAUAAGUGUCUUGCUGACUGGGUCAAAGCCAGAUUGAACUAGUCCAGCAUUCUUCCUAGGAUCCUAGCAACCUGCAGGUGCUAAUUAAAUCCCCCUCCAGGAACAGACCGCAGGGGACUUCUGCACCAUCUUUUGCCCGUGCCCUCUGUAGAACUCAACACCAUUGACCAUAGCACCAUUGGCCAUUGUAAACAAGGGGCUAAAAGUAGUUGUCGUGGCUGUGCUAAGUGGCAUAAAGGAUGAACAGAGGUCCAGUCGGCCCUGUGAACCAGCAGAACGCUGUGGCCAAAAGUUUUGGGCUUGAAUGUGACUUCAGAAUCCUUGGCUACGAAGAUCACAGGGUGGUCAUGGGCCAAUCAGAGCUGCCAGUUCUUGUUCUGAUAUAGCCCAUGAUAUAUCUCCUUAGCUGGAAAGUUUCUGGUUCAAUUUCUUCUGUGGUUCCCUCUUCCCUGCUUCUCUUCUGCAGUGCCACCAUCCCGAUCUUGAAGCAUCGCUUGCAGAGGAACGUGGCAUCAGUGGCAUGGAAGCCACUGUGCGCAUCUAUCCUUGCCGUGGCAUGCCACAGCUGUGUGCUGGUUUGGCAUCUGGACCCCACUUCGCUUUCCACCAGGUAAAGGCUGCAGGGCCUGUCUGAAGUUUGAAUGGCCCAGUGGCUGCUUAUCGCCACGAUCUGAGCUGUAAAGAAACACUCGGCAAGCAACAUAUGAGGCCUUCAUAUGUUGCUUGACUGCAACUCUCAACAUUCCUAAUCAUCAGCAGUGCUGGCUGGGGCUGAUGGGAGCUAGGAGUCAGCAAUGGGAGAGCCCCCACAGUUUCCGCCAUUCCUGACUUAGCAGGUUUCAGGUGCUUGAGAUCGUCAGGGAUUCCUUUCUCACCCUGGGCUCUGUCUUUAAAGGCUAUCCUGUUGUUGUUAAUUUGUAUAGUGCCCUAUACACACAGGUCUCAGGGUAGUUCACAGCAUAAAAUCACAAUAUUAAAACACAAAAUACAUAAUAAAAACAAAACCAGAAAGAACCCAAUAAUUCCCCUCCUCCCAAACACAUUUUAAAAGGGCAUCAGAUGUCAAUCAGCCAAAGGCCUGGUUAAAGAGGAACGUUUUUGCCUGGUGCCUAAAGGUGUAUAAUGAAGGCGCCUGGCGAACCUCACUGGGGAGAGCAUUCCACAAAUGGAGACCCACUGCAGAAAAGGCGUGUUCUCGUGUUGCCACUCUCCGGACCUCUCAUGGAAGAGGCACAUAAAGAAGGGCCACAGAAGAUGCCAAGUAGCUGAUCUUCCCCCUUCCACAACCUUUAUCCACCUGUUUUUCCACAUUUUUCAGAAAACUGUCUGUACCUCUCUUGAGCCCCCCCCCAUCCGAUCUGAUAAGAUGGUGCAAGCAAAUCAGUACACUUUUGCUCCCCUUGUGGGGUGGAUACUUUGCUGAAGGUUGGAUCAGGGGUGGGGAACCUCAGGUCUGUGGCCUGAAUGUGGUCCCCCAUGCCUCUCUAUCUGACCCUCAAGAUUAUAACCCCCUCCCCAGGCCUCAGCUCUCAGUGACCCUGGUGUGUGCCCUCCACUUGCGGUUCUUCCUGGCUGGAAUGUACUCAAUGCUCAUAAUAGCUCUUGCUUGCCUGGAUAAGGAUGGGGAUCAUUUUUGCUCUGACUACACCCACCACUGUUAUGUGGCCCCUGAAAGGUUGCCCACAAGAGAGAAUGGCCAUCAGGGUGCGAAAGGGUUCCCAACCCCUGCUUUUGAUGUUCAUCUCUGCCUUCUCUGGCUCCUGGUAUUUCACUUGGCAAUGUACAUGUUGUCGAUUUCUAUAGCUGCAUAUACAGUCAAAGCAAGCAUUCUCAGGAUGAUGGACUGCAGGACAGCUGUGUAAUCUCAGGUGUACAGAAUAUACAUAGCCCUGCUUAUUACUGCUUCUUUGUUUGCAUUCCUUCUGCCUGUGGAGGAAUAAUAUUGUCUCUCUCCUGUCCCCCAACAGGCCUUCAUCUGGCUGCGCCCAAGUACUCAGCCACCCUGGUCACAGCCCCGUCAGCAGCCUGGCCUGGGCACCCAGUGGAGGGUUGCUCCUCUCAGCCUCACCUGUUGACACUGCCAUGCUUGUGAGUAGGGCAGUUCAUUUAUUUACCAGAUGUGUUACUUGCCUGCUCCCACAGCCUUUAGAUGAUGUACAAAUGAAAUGUUAAUAAUGAUCCAAUAAUGAUAUACCCGUUGGUCAGUAGAAGCAACACACUGAGCCAAGCAGCUAAUACCUCAAUACUAGAGAAGGAAUCACCAUCAGUUCACAGGGGGAAAGCAAUAUAGGAAAUAAUAAAGCAGUUUAAACAGUUUAAACGACUUGGGAGAAAAGAGAAGUCCCUUCAUGGCAUGGAAACAACAUUAAUGCAAAUGCCAGGAGGGCCUUUUUUUGGGAAAGAGUAUUCAUCAGUUGGGGCCAUUACUAAGAAGACUCACUCCUUCAUUGCCACCCUUUGCACCUCAGAAAGCCCUUGGAGGCACAGGUGGGAAGACACUUUCUGUCAGAUACUUGGAGUCAUUAACCAUGUAGGGCUGUAUAGACUAAGAACAGCAUCUCCAGAAAUUAAUGUAGAGCCAGUGCACCUAGUCCCUGUUGACAAUCUAGCCACCAUAUUCGGUGCCAUGGGCUAUUUCUGCCUUUAUGAUGCAGGAGGGAGACCACAAAAGCGGUGGCGGACAGAGCAUGUAAAGCUGUGGCCAUGCAAUGACCUCAUGUGCCUGUAGCUCACAACCACAGGAAAAGGAUGAGAGAUUACUGGGCAUCGGCUGUGGAAGCAGAAGGCCUUCCAAGCUAUCGAAGGAAUGAUAACUUAUUCCUGCAGACAUGCAUUGUGUUAAAGCUAGACAGAAAAUAAAAGUCCAAUACUGCUAAGUGCAGGCAUCCCCAAACUCGGCCCUCCAGCUGUUUUGGGACUACAACUCCCAUCAUCCCUAGCUAACAGGACCAGUGGUCAGGGAUGAUGGGAGUUGUAGUCCCAAAACAGCUGGAGGGCUGAGUUUGGGGAUGUCUGGCUAAGAACGAUGGCUGUGGUGCUCCUUCCAAAACAGCUUCCUCUGUUUUACCUUGUUCCCUUUAGGUGUGGGAUGUAUCCACAGAAAACUGCAUCCAGUUGCAGUGGUUUGGAGGAGGCGGGGUCACAUACCUGGCUUGGUCUCCUGACGGCAGCAAAGUAUUAGCAGCCACACCUUCAGCAGUCUUCAGGUGAGUAGAGAGUGCCUGGAAGCCAGCAGCAUGGGGUCAACCCCAGGAGAGGCUGCUUCAUUAAAGUAAAUGAGGCACAUUGUGCCACCAGCUGCAAUCUGUCCUCAGCCACCCCCCACCUUCCUGCCUUCUUACUUGCAACCAGUCCAGGGGUUGGUCCUGCCUGCCAGUUUCCUCCUCCUUAGUCUCAGAGUUGCCCUUGGAAGAAUUGAGCAGAGAGGAUGGGAACAGAACUGGAACUCCUUCCAUUGGCUCUAGCGCCACCUGCUGUUGGCCUCCCUGCUUUCCAACACCACCAAUCCCAGUGGUUAGCAGCCACCAUUGAUCAGCCCUCUGCGCCUUGUCUAGUGCUGGACCAUGGCGGCAGGUUAAAGUGGAGAAGCAUUCGUUGCCACAAUUCUCCCGUGAGCGUUUCCUUAUACUGAAUUGCACUCAAAGUAACUCUGCUUCUUUCUACCCCCUCGUGCUUCUCUUCGCAGAGUAUGGGAAGUUCAGAUGUGGACUUGUGAGAAGUGGCCGACCAUCAAAGGUCCUUGCCGGGUAAGUCAGGGAGGCAGCCUGGGGGAAUAGGUGGACAAAAGCAACCGGAAGUCCAGGCCCUCUUAUUUUUCUAUUGUUUUCUCUUUCAGAGUCUGUGGCCCUGCAGAUGUUGCUGGACUACAACUCCCAUCAGCGUGAGCACUGUUCAGGGAUGUUGCGAGUUGUAGUUGAGCAACACCUGCAGGGUUACAGGUCCCUGUCACUGUUAGAAUAAUCUAUGUAGGCUAUUAUUUGCUGUGGAAACAUAGAGUAACUUGUGCCCAGCGAGUUUGUAGCUUUGCUGAGAUCCCCACCCCCAACUUAGGCCUCCUAGGUGUGGAUCCAUUUAUUACUUGCUUGACCAUGUGGGUUUUCUUCCUAGCCCCACUUACAGCAACCUGACUCACCCAAGCCUCACUCUGACUCCCCUCGGUUUUUAUGAGUCAGCCUCUGAAAUAUCCAUGGCUACAACAGUCCUGACCAGGUCCCAUUUGCUGAAUGGGGCAUUUCUCACCUUGAAAGUCAUAUUAUGCAUUUAGCACAGGAUUUUUAGACCCUCCUUGACCCUUGCCUAAGUUAAGUGUCUGUUUAUGUGUCUUCCCCCAAAGACUGGCUGUUGGAGUCCGGACGGCAGCCGCUUGCUCUUCACGGUCCAGGGGGAAUCGGUCAUAUAUUCUUUGUCUUUCCUGGAAUAUAGUGGUGAGUAACUUGUAACUUGAGCGGCCUGUAACUAGUAAAGCUGUGUGGAUUCUGCAAAUGCGGAAAAUGGGUUCCAAGCCCACCACUCUGCAUCUUCCUGUCUGUCUCAAUAAGUUUCUAACUUAUAAGCCAGGGUUUCCCAAACUUGAGUCUCCAGUUGGUUUUGGACUACAGUUCCCAUCAUCCUUGACCGCUGGGCCUGCUUGCUAGGGAUGAUGGGAGUUGUAGUCUAAAAACAGCUGGAGACCCAAGUUUGGGAAACCUUGCUAUAAGCCUGGGGUCGGCAACCUAAGGCCCAUGGGCUGGUAGUGGCCCAAGAGGCUUGUCUAACCGGCCCAUGGUGACCCCUGCUGCUGCCCGCUCUUACUGGUGCGGUUCAGCGCAGGGACUGACUUCCGGGUUGAUGGCACCUGUCCUCAUGUGCACGGGCUCUCCUCCGACCCAGAUGUGCACUGGAAAUAGUGUGUGUGCACACGUGCGGGACGUAGAAGUGCCCGUGCGCAUGUGCACAUGCUAUUUCCGGCGCACUUCUGGGUCGGAGGAGUGCCGGAAACAGCGUGUGCACUUGCUCUCGGGUGCUCCUCUGACCCGGAAUAGCACAUGUGCACACACACUCCAGCCCAUCCUCCGACGGACAGAGCAUUGACCGGCCCAUCCUUGGAUAAGUUUGCCGACCUCUGCUAUAAGCGCUACAGAGGGAGGCUUUGAAAUCCUGCCUGCGACAGGGACCUUUGCCCCCUGGCAGCCUCCAAUUCUGUGCUAUCUAGCAUCUUGUAUGUGGGCUGUCUUUCACCUAAGGACCUUGAGUUAGCUUCAUCCUCACAAAACCUGUGAGGUGUGGGAGGCUGAGAGAGAGGUGAUUUUUUUUUGUAAGGCUACCCAGUAAACUCUGUGGUUGGUUGGGGGUUGGAUGCAGGCAUUUAUCUCCUCUCAAAGUUGCUUGCAGAUGUAAUGCUCUCCCUACCUAGUACUUACCACAAAUAACGCCACCCUUUAAUUUCAGACCUUCUUUAUUUUUGGUACUCUGACCUACCGCACGCAAUUGUUUAUUGUCGUGUGUAUACCAGCACUUCCCUCUAUUUAAAAGCUUCCUUCUGGCUCCCCUCUACCUCCCGCUCCAGACUACUACUAGAGGAGAGACUGUAGCUGAAUGAAGCUGUGCAAUACCUGGCCACUUCUGGAAGCAGCUGUGUAGCUAGCUGGUCGGGUGCCUGGGGCGGCACGUGUGUCCUGCACCCUGGAGCAGAGCGAGCCACUCAUGGGGACGGGGGGAGCUAUGUCAGGGUGCUCUGUGUGGAGCCUUGCUGCUGCUUCCUGCUCAGCUGUACGGCGGCAGCCUGAGGGAGAGGUGGCAGGCAGACACAAGCCCCAUGCUGCAGUUUCGUGCAGUGUGGAGCCUGUAGGCGCCUGAGCCACCACGCCAAUCCCAGGAGAGAUGCGUGGCUUGGGCACACUGCAGGUACCGCGGUAAGUGCCGCCCCCAUGAUGUGGUGCCCAGUGGCCCCCCCACCUAUGCCUCUUGUCUGGAACUUUUUUUUUUUAAAUGAUAUUUAUUAAAGUUUCAAUAAAAGAUUAAACAUAAAACAUAAAAAAGAAAUACACAAUUCAAAAAUACACAAUACAUAAUCCAAAAGGGGAAAAAAAGGAACAAGAAAGACAAAAGACAAAAAAGAAAAUAGAACAAUUAAAAACAAUAUCAUUUCCAUCUUUAAAUUUACUUAUUUUCUGGACUUCCUCAUACCUCCCUCUUUUGUAUUCCAAUUCAAAUUGUUUAUUCAGCAAUUUCAUACCCACUUUUUUAAUCCCAAUCUUUAAUCUUAAUAUAAUAUAACAUUAAAAUUUUGCCUCUUAAAAGCCAAACUUCCAUUUCCUUAAAUUUCUUUAAUCCUAAUCCUCUCUUGUCUGGAACUUUUGUCUGUCCGUGUUUUAACGGAUCAGGUAGCAGCUGCUGGGGCAGAGCAUCCUCUGCCUGAGGCCCUGGAGAGCAGCUGCCAGUCAUGUUUUACUAUUUAUUGAAUUCCUGCUCUAAUUUUCAUUCAAAUGAAUCCCAAAGCUGCUUACAAGCAGUAAGUAACUGCAAGAACACAGUAGUAGAACACCACAAAUGUCGCGUAAAUCACACAGAAUCAUUCACGAAUCGUCAGUGAAACAAUUGCAAUCUGUAAAACGCUGUUCAUAGAAUUGUAGAGUUGGAAGGGAACCCCAGGGGUCAUCUAGUCCAACCCCUGCAAUGCAGGAAACUCAGCUGAAGCAUCCAUGACAGAUGGCCAUCCAACCUUUGCUUAAAAACGUCCAAAAAAGGAGAGUCCGCCACCUCUCGUGGGAGUUUGUUCCAUUUCUGAACAGCUUACUGUCAAGAAAGUUUUCCUAAUGUUUUGUCAGAAUCUCCUUUCUUGUAACUUGAAGCCAUUGGUUUGAGUCCUACCCUCCAGAGCAGCAGAAAACAAGCAUGCUCCCUCCUCCAUGUGACAGCCCUUGAGAUACUUGAAGAUGACUAUCGUGUCUCCUCUUUUCCAGGCUAAACAUAACCAACUCCUUCAAGCACUCCUCAUAAGGCUUAGUUUCCAGACCCUUGAUCACCUUAAUCGCUCUCCUCUGCACACGUUCCACCUUGUCAACAAAGCAAAUAAGCUAAACAUGAAGGAAGAGUCCUAUUAUAUGAUUAACAAAUCAAUACAGCAUUUAUAAUCUAUAAAACAAUAUUAAUUUCAUCUACAAAAUAGCAACCAAAAGGUAAACUAAGCCCUAUUAAGUUCAUGCACACACUUUCCACACACCCAUGACUCAUAAUAUUUCACUGUUUCACUGCUCAUUAAAAUACAGCGGUACCUCGGGUUACAUACGCUUCAGGUUACAUACGCUUCAGGUUACAUACGCUUCAGGUUACAGACUCCGCAAACCCAGAAAUAGUACCUCAGGUUAAGAAUUUUGCUUCAGGAUGAGAACAGAAAUCGUGUGGUGGCGGUACGGCAGCAGCAGGAGGCCCCAGGAUGAGAGCAGAAAUCGCGGUGCGGCGGCAGCAGGAGGCCCCAUUAGCUAAAGUGGUGCUUCAGGUUAAGGAUGGACCUCCGGAAUGAAUUAAGUUCUUAACCCGAGGUACCACUGUACACAUCAUGCCUGUGGCAGCAACUCCCUUCUGAAGGUUCCUCGGGCUGGAGUUGGGGGCAGCAAAGGUGAAACCAACCACCCCCCAAUGGCGAACAGAGUCUCCCCUCCCAGUUCUUCCUCUGGAAACAGCUUUCUUAUGAAAGCUCCUAGGGCGAGGCAGGUGGGAAAAGCCAUUACCUGCUGGCCGAUACACACACUCCUUCCCGCAGGUGGACAAUACUGGAUUAGAGAAACAAACAGUUAGAUUUCCUGUAAGGCAGGAGUGGAAAACCUUUCUCAGCCUGAGGGCCACAUUCCCUGCUGAGGGCUGCAUAUCAGUGGUGGGUGGGGCCAGUGCAACAAAUGUGAUUACUGUAUUAACUUUGCACAAUCAGCUUACACACCCCUCCAUCCAGGCAAAUGAGAGACAUUAUCAGAGUGACACAUCUCAGCCAUGCAAAAGCACUCAGGGUACGAAGAACAGCCAAUGAGGUGUUUGGUCUGGGGAUAGGUCCAAGGGCUAGGUAGAGAGGCCCUGUGGGGGUCCAUUUCCCCCAGGCUUCAGGUUCCCCAUACCUGCAGAAGGAAAUGUUCUAUGUUCUUCCUCCUCCUAUUGUUUUGUUUCCCUUGGAAUGACUUUUUCCAUCCUCUUCUCAGGGGAACAGCAAGGGCAGGUUGGUGGGUCGAAAACAGCUUCCAUCGUGGCUGAUCUGUCGGAAACCACUUUUGAGACCCUGUAUGGAGAGGAGAGGUGAGAGGAAGGGAGAAAAACAUGUGUCUUGUAAGUGCCGCACAAGCGCAUAACUGAGUGUUAGUUGGUGCAAGAUUCUAGCCCUUAAAGGCUGCUAAGAUAGGAUUCAGAACGUGGACGAUGUUGUGUGAAAUCUCAGAAAGGGAGUGGGGUUGGGGUCUUCCUGAGCAGAAAGUCUUAUAUUGCAUUCCCUUCAUCAUUAGGAGCAGAAUCAGAGAGACUGGUGCUGUGUUGUUUUGAGAGAGUUCACCCCACCCCAACACGUGAUUAUUAGAUGUUCUAAAAAUCCCUGCUUUUAUUACCCUGAAAAUGCAUGAGCAUUUGCUUAUCUUGCUGGAUUCUCAUUCUGCCAGUCACAUGCAAGAGGAGGGACUAAAAGUUAUAUGCUGUGGUUUUGAAGCCUUACCAAACUCUCACUACAGGGAACUCUGCUAUUCCCAACCAGCUUCUGAAUUUUUCCAGGCAUUGCUUAUAGCCUAGAAAGUGAAGCUCCCUUGUUACUUUUGCAAUUGGGUGCUGCAUGUUGUUUAAGUAAUCUUGUUAUAUUUAUAGUAUAAAAAUGUUUGUUUGUUUUUUUGGUAUGUUGCUAUAUUUUUGUUUUGCAACGUUAUUGUCAAAUUAUUUUUGUAGUGUUUGUUCAAAAUGUCCUGUUUCUUUGUUGUAAGCCGCUACGAGCAUAAUUUUUGGCAUACAAAUAAAACGAAUGAAUGAAAGUGUAUCUGUGUAGUCUCGGAGGGCUGGAAACCUGCUUUUUUAAAAAUAACAAUAGGAACAAAAGUAACAAGAUGUUAAGUUUUAUACCCACUGCUGAAUACACACGAGCCAGGAAAUGAAUAAAGGCUUUAGCAUUUUGAUUAUUUUCUUGUUUAUCUUAAAAGCCCGUCUUAAUAAUCAGUGUAUGAAUAUGCAAAAGUCCGGCCCUGCAGCUAUCAUUUUUGUUGGUUUAUUACAUUUAUAUCCCACCUUUCCUAUAAGAAGCUUCAGGCGGCGUUCUUCCCCUUCCCAUGUUAUCCUCACAACAGCUCUGUGAGGUAGGCUAGGCUGAGAGGUAGUAACUGGCUCAAGGUCAUCCAGUGGUCUCCCAGGCCUAGUAUUAGACAAAUACUGUAUCACACUGUGGUGUAAAUACUAUACCACUUCCCCCCACGAAGCGUCGUCAUUCCACAAUCUGACUGUGAUCCCCAACUCUUCUUUUGGCUUGAGUAUGGAUGUCUUACCUUGAGUGUUUCUCCAUUGGCCUUUCAUUUUGUAUUCUUGUGUUCCAGGAUUGGCGGGGAGAUUCUUUCCAUGGUCUGGGACCCAAGUGGUGAGAGGCUUGCAGUUGUCAUCAGAGGUAAAGUCCUCUACAGUCAAAACUUUUGACGAGAUAGGGAGAGCUGGGGAGGCUGGGUGCGUUUCUCACAAUAAGCCAGUACAUACAGUAAUGGCCUGAAUAUAAGCCACACUUUUUUUUCCAGAUUCCGACCAUGAAAAGUUAAAAGUGCGGCUUAAAUUUGCCACCUUAAAAAUUGUCUUUUACGUUUUCUUCCACAUUUGCCAUUUGUGGGUGUGAGUGCCUGCGGAAUUUUAAGGGAGCUGCUUAUAUUUGGGUAUUGUCUUCCCGCCCCCCUUGAAUUUUAAAGGUAUGGCUUAAUUGCGAGUGCUUCUUAUAUUCGGCCCAAUACGGUAAUUUUUAUUCCAAAUCAGAAGACAACAUUUUUUGGGGGGGAAACCCAUUCCCCUCAACCCCAAUAAAGCAUUGCUUCUUAUUUUACUUUUUGGAGCAACAGAUAUGCACACUCAGCCACCUUAUGCAGAUGUGUUUAGUCAAGUGAAAAAUGUGUCUGCCUCUUUUUUGUUCUUUUCAAAUGCAUGCAAGUAGUGACUGACCCUUUUCCCAGUUGCUCUCUGUGUAUUUGUUUUAAUGGACAAAGGAUACAUACGCACAUACUUCUCACUUGUAAGUUUCUAGUCCUCAUGGUUUGGUUUUUGUUGCACUUGCGUGGCUCUCCUUGUCCUACCCCGUUUCUUACCCUGUGAGGUAAAAUAGACCGAGAAUGAAUGGCAAGCCUAAGGUAAGGUUGCCAUAUUUCAAAAAGUAAAAUUCCUGACACCUGCAAAGUUGUUGAGCUUUUGCACCCGAAAACCAGGAUGUCCAUCCCUUCCUUGCUCCCAAAAGGAAAACGAGAACCAGCCCUUUUUUUCACCCUGUCCCGUUGGAGAGAUGGCAAGUGUCCCACGCGUAAGCUUAAGAGCACGAAAUGGCUUGUGUUUGGUAGCGCUUAAAAUAACCCUUCUCUAAUCUCCAUUUUAAAGCAUUCUGUGAUCCUCUCUAAGGCUGGGGCUUCAGAGAAAGAGAGGGAGAGGUCCAGGCUGCACCUUGGUUCAAAAUUCCUAACAUGGGAUUCCGAAUUCUAAACCAGGCAGUUUUUUGUGUGAGCCCUGAAUCUUUUGAAAGAGCGCGGGAGGGACGAUAGCAGUUAGCACCAGUUUGCAAGCACACCGGCUCCUUCCUCGUGGCUUCGUAUUUGAUGGGAAAGACUUGUUUCAGUGGGAAAGAGACAACUGUGGUUUUCCUACUGAAGCAGGCAACACCCUCUGUUCAGCCACACCUUCCGCCAGCCCUGCUUCGUACCCUCCUUGAGUGUUUUUGUCACCUGGCUAGAAUGUGUCUGCCUGCCCUCUUAAUGCCAUUUGCUUCACUGGGUGGCAGGUGGCAAGAGGUUUGUGAGUGUAUGUAGAAACCAGCACACAGUGGUACCUUGGCUGUCAAGUGGCUUGGCUCCUGAAUGCCGCAAACCCAGAAGCGAGAGUUCCCGUUUGCGAACGUUUUUCAGAAGCCAAAUGUCCGAUGCAGCUUCCACAGCUUCUGAUUGAGUGCAGGAAGCUCCUGCAGCCAAUCGGAAGCCACCCCUUGGUUUUUGAACGGUUCCGGGAGUCGAACGGACUCCCAGAAUGGAUUAAGUUUGAGAACCAAGGUACCACUGUAUUACUUUUCUGCAGGGAGUAAACAAACACCAUUCCAGUCACAUUAGUUGGUGUAUCCACUUUUGCUUUUGUCUCCUCCCAUCGCUGACAUGGUGCCCCUUGGAAGAUUGUCUACAAGGGCACACGACCCUCGGUCUGAAAAAAGGGUCGCUACCCUUGUUGCAAAAGAUAAACAUAACAUGAUAUCUAGUGUACUUCCAUCUCUGCAGUCUGAGCCCAGUCCAUUACCCAGAUGUUCUAGAAGCCUCAACAGAAACACCAAGGGUACUGAACCCCUACCCACCUAGUAUCCUGCCCUCAGCAGACUUUGUAGAUUGCAUUGGAAAUACAGUGGUACCUAGGGUUAAGUACUUAAUUCGUUCCGGAGGUCCGUACUUAACCUGAAACUGUUCUUAACCUGAAGCACCACUUUAGCUAAUGGGGCCUCCUGCUGCUGCCACGCCGCCGGAGCAUGAUUUCUGUUCUCAUCCUGAAGCAAAGUUCUUAACCUGAAGCACUAUUUCUGGGUUAGCGGAGUCUGUAACCUGAAGCAUAUGUAACCUGAAGCGUAUGUAACUUGAGGUACCACUGUACUUUUUAAAAAGCCUAUCAUCAUGGCCUUAAAGGCUACAGACCUAAAACAGUAGGCUCUGUCCGAUUUCUGCGCAUAAAUUCUACAUGUCGCUCUGUUCCCUCACCUUUUUCUGUUUUCUUUUGGCAGGAAAUCGUGAUGCUCCCGACUGCAGGGUCAUCGUUGCCGUGUUUCGCACCCGCAACAGCCCUGUGUUUGAGCUCUUGCCAUGGUUUGUAUUGACAUGCUUUGGUACUCUGGUUGCUCUUAAACUGGAAAUGAAAUCCGUGAGCCCCGCGUCAUUCCAGCCUCUGUGCUGCUGUAGUUGUCAAAAUGUUAGGAAGGUGCCUUGUAACCUGGUCAGAGUAUAUGACCCUCUAGCUCAGCGGUUUUCAACCUGUGGGUCCCCAGAUGUUGUUGGACUACACCUCUCAUCAUCCCUGAGCUCUGGCCUUGCUAGCUAGGGGUGAUGGGAGUUGUAGUUUAACAACAUCUGCGGACCCAGAGAUUGAGAAAGGCUGCUGUAGAUCAUUAUUGUCUAUUUGUGACUGGCCAUGGCUCUCCAGAGGGUUAGUCAGAAAGCAGACUGCCCUCCUUAGCGCAAAGGCCAUAGGAGGUAGGAGACUGGCAAGCACAGUCUCUCCACUGUUGCUGGUGGUAACAAUACUGCCAAAAAGAUUCUCCCCAUCACAACUUCUUCCCCCUGUGAUGCCUGCCCUUCUCUUUGCACGUGCCCCAGAAAUGCAGCCCCUGUCAGCUCUCUGAUGCCUUUGAGAAAGCAGUAGUAUUAGGGUUAUACCACCAGCGCACAUGGUAUUUUAUAGGGUUAACGUAAGCAAAAGGUUCUACGGCUCUCCCUUAAGAGGGUAGAUUCUUUCGCCAACCUGGUGCCCUCCAGAUGUUGCGGACUGUCGUUCUCAUCAGACCUGCUGGCAUCGGAGUUGUAAUCCAACGCAACCUUCCCUCGGUUAAUCUGAAUGGUUAAAAUAAAUAAACCUAAGGAGGAAGGGGGAAAUAAAAGAAGGCUAAAGGGUUAAGCCCAAUGGCCUUGUGGGAGUUUAAGGCUGAACUCUGGGAGGCAGUUUCAGACAUAAGACAGCAUCAAAGGCCAAUGGGCUGUUUUUUGUCCUAAGACUGUAUUGGAGCCUAGGCCUGCAGCAUCACAUCACAACAGCCUAUGAGUGUCCCUUGUAAUUAUAAUAUCUGUAUCUCUCUUUCCCCCACCCCUCCUUUCUUCAGUGGUUUCUUACAGGGAGAAGAUGGCGCUCAGCCACAACUAGUUGCUUUCCACCCUUGCUUUAAGAAGGGAGCUCUUCUGACAGUGGUAAGUGUUCAGCCUUCGCCAAGAUUUUGAGGAGCUUUUGCUAUAGCCUGUGGGAAUGCUGAUAAGGGCUUGUUGUUGCCCCAGAUAGGAGCUGCUGGAAUGACUUCUAACUUGGCUAAGCAGCACCUAGACGGGGCUGUGGACUAGUAGGAGAAAGGGAUAACAGUAACUAUAAUGCAUGUUGGUAAAAGUAAAGAAACCCUUGACCAUUAGGUCCUGUCGUGGCCGAUUCUGGGGUUGCGGUGCUCAUCUUGCUUUAUUGGCCGAGGGAGCCGGCGUACAGCUUCUGGGUCAUGUGGCCAGCAUGACUAAGCCGCUUCUGGUGAACCAGAGCAGUGCACGGAAACAGUGUUUAUCCUAUUUAUCUACUUGCACUUUGAUGUGCUUUCGAACUGCUAGGUUGGCAGGAGCAGGGACCAAGCAACGAGAGCUCACCCCGUCACGGGGAUUCGAACUGCCGACCUUCUGAUCGGCAAGUCCUAGGCUCUGUGGUUUAACCCACAGCGCCACCCGCGUCCCUCAUGCAUGUUGGUAUGAGGCAUUAAUUGGAGGACUCAACAUGCUCUGCAGUCAAACACAGGCACCAUAGCGCACGUGGAUUACUCCCAGACUACCAUGAGCUCCCGUUGCUCAGUCCCUGCUCCUGCCAACCUAGCAGUUCAAAAGCACGUCAAAGUGCAAGUAGAUAAAUAGGUAGGGUUCUGGCGGGAAGGUAAACAGCGUUUCCAUGUGCUGCUCUGGUUCACCAGAAGCGGCUUAGUCAUGCUGGCCACAUGACCCGGAAGCUGUAUGCCAGCUCCCUCGGCCAAUAAAGCGAGAUGAGCACCACAACUCCCGAGUCGGUCACGACUGGACCUAAUGGUCAGGGGUCCCUUUACCUUUUUAACAUGAGCUAUGCAGUAACGGUGGCCUAGUUCCUGUUAUCAGCUCAAGGGUUUUGCCUUGGUGAAAAAGCUGAAUAAUCUAUUUUACUCACAUUCGGGUUAAUACCAGUUGCAGGAUGCAUUUUGCUAAUGUUUGGAAUGCUACCAGUAACCUUAUUUAGGGUGGGUCAAAAUGUUGAUGGGCUGUGAAACACAUCUUGUCUUGUUUGCUUUAAGGAUUCUGGUAUCAUUGUUGAGCAUGUACUGUUGUGAUUUUGGCAGACUGUGUGUCUGGAGGGCAGAGGCUGAUCUGUUCAGUUGGGUUCUGGGUGUCUUGUGCACCACUCAGGUUUGUGUAUACUCUACGAUUCUGUCCUGGACUCGGCACAGAAUUCAACAAUCCACAAAUCUCAAGCUUUUAAAAUUGAGCUUAUAGCCCGUGAGACUCUUUGCCCCAACCUCUGAGAGCCCGACACAUACGUACGUCCCUCUUAAGAGCUGAAAAGGUUUAGAGUAUAAAUUGCCCACUUUUAUUGGUGCUCAAUUCCUGUGCUUCUCGUGAACUGAUUUGGGCAUACUGCUUUAAUGGAGGAAGUUAAGCUCAGAGGAGCAACUUAACUCAGAGAUGCAAGAAAGCACCUCUUUUUGAGAAUGGGUCACUGUUGCAUCGCUUCAUAGGAUGGCAGGGGCAGCUUCCCUCUGUGGUUGGAUGUUCUAGGGCUUCCUUAUUUUUUUGUUACAUGCCAGGAGUUUUCUUAUGGCGUGCUAGCUUGCCUAGGACAAAGUUUGGGAACUGCCGCUUGGGAGCGCAUGAGAAGUGUGUGCCCCGUGCCAUUUCAGAGGCCAGGUCCAGGAGGGAGGUGCUCCUCCCAGCCAUGAGAAGCAGAUGAAAUGAUGCAACGUAGCAAGCAAAUAUGCCAAGUUUUGUAAUAUCUAUAGGUGACAGAACCCACCUUUUCUUGGAACAAGGUUCCUAGUGCAGGGGCGUGUAUAUGCAGUGGCUCUGCUAAAGGGCCCUCUGUGUUCCAUCCCACCAUAAGGAUCCCCUCUUCUUGAGGUCCAAACAGUAUGACUGAGAAGCCUGGAAGGUCAGGCCAGGAUAUGCAAAAGGUGAUCUUCUGCUCCUACUUCAUUUAUUUAUUUCUUCUCUCUCUUCUCAGUGCUGGUCAACAGGAAAGGUCAGCCACAUCCCCUUCUUCUUUGUGGUUGCCCAGUUUCCAUCUUUCAGCCCUGGGCAGAGUCCCCUCAUACCCUUGGGCAGUAGAAGCAGUACACGGGAGCAGCCAUUGUUUUCUGAACUCUAAGGGUCAACAUGCUGGGCUUCCUCCCUGCCGGCCUGUGUGCCUUCAGAACAUUGGAGAUACACACUGCGAAGGCUGCUUCUGCCCAAGUCCAACUUUGGAGAGCGCCGUCUUCUUUCUGUCAGUUGCAGUUGAGGCGUUGAUCAGCUGACAUGCUGAUAGUGUUAGUAGGCUAUCCACAAGCAGCCUUUGAAACCAGAAGAACGUCUGCCAGAGAUGGACCACUUUGUAGUUUUCGCAUUUGAGACAGAAAAUAAAAACAACAAAGGGUGAAUGUUUUAUUCCUUCGACGUUUCCAAGCAGAAGCACUCUUGGGGCUUUUACGUCAUCAGCUUCAGAGGGCAUCGUAUCUCGGAAAUUAUCCUAAGUCAACAUCCUCCAUCCGCACAAGCAGCAGUUCCUGGAUAUUUCAAUUAUUUCUGCUUCCUCCCCUGCAAGGAUCUUUUUCACAGAUCGUUGUGCUGCUUAUGGAUCUGCCAAUUUUGCAUCCCUUUCCACUGUUUGCAUACUGGGAUGAAAGAGGUGUGUGGGCGGCCAGGAGACUGACGUUGGGCAGGGCCGUGGCUAAGUGACAGAGAAUAUGCUUUUGCAUGCAGAAGGUCCCAAGUUCUGUGCUUGGCAGUUCCAGGUAGGCCUGGGAGUGUCCUCUGUCUGAAACCUUGGAGAGCCACUGGCAGUCAGUGCUGUAGGCAAUAUUGAGCUGAAUUGACCAAUGCUAUCUGUAUCACUUCAUAAAAGGGGGAAACAUAUAAUGAGAGAUCAAGGAGCCAUAGCUCAGUGGUAGAGCAUCUGCUUUGUACAGCGAUACCUCGGGUUAAGUACUUAAUUCGUUCCAGAGGUCCGUUCUUAAACUGUUCUUAACCUGAAGCACCACUUUAGCUAAUGGGGCCUCCCGCUGCUGCCGCGCCACCGGAGCAUGAUUUCUGUUCUCAUCCUGAAGCAAAGUUCUUAACCCGAGGUACUAUUUCUGGGUUAACGGAGUCUGUAACCUGAAGCGUCUGUAACCUGAAGCGUAUGUAACCCGAGGUACCACUGUAUGCAGAAGAUCCUAGGCUCAGUCCCUGGGAUCUCCAGAUAGGGGGUGACCCCAGAAGACCUUGCCAGUCAGUGUGAACAGUACUGAGCUAGGUGUGGCCCAGAUUCUGUAUAAAGGCAGCUUUCCCUUCCAGCAUAUUAUCUUAGGGGCAAUAUAGAAGUUAAACUGUACUUGUAUCCUGCGCAUAGUGGAGCAUAUAUGUGCCAUGAUCCCGGUAUUGUGUGCAGCUGUCAAAACAUCUAAGCAGUUGUGUGCACAGCUGUCAAGUGUCUGGGGGCUUUUGAGAGUUAUAAAAUUAUGAAUGGUGUUGAAAGACCUCUUUUUCAGCAGGUAGUUUUUAGUACCAAUGUUAAGACGACAGCACCUGCUGAAAUCCCCCCUUUUGCCACCUCAUCCAUCAUCCUGUGCAUUUGUAUUUGAAAGUCUCCCGUUUUCAGCAACAGCUGACUCCUUAGUGUGUGUAGGGUGGGUUGCAGCCUUUAUCAGCUGCCUCUGCCCAACGUUGAAUCUGAGCCUCCCUGCUACAGACUUUUUGCUCAAGUGCCGUGUGAUUACCAUAAUUGCAAAGAAAAAAAAAAAGUUCUCUAGAGCAGUUCCAGUCUUUAAUAACCAGAAGAGUUAUUUUAAGAUAAGAAGGCAUGGCCAGCAGUUUGCCAUGCAAAGGAGAGAAACAAAGGCCUCUUUUUUGAAAAUAUGAAAAUAGAUUCGGUUCAGUUACUUAAAAGGCUCGGUCAAUUAAAAGUGGCUAGGAACAGAAGCACCAGGGAAUAAGCAGAAACGAUGAAAUCUGAGGACUGAAAUUGAACAGCCUCUUCUUAAAGAUCGCCAAAGGCAUAUUUAGAAGGAAGGACCAAGCUCCAUGUUAUUGGGUUUCUUACAUUUUAUUUUGUGUCUUUCAGAAGUCUCAUGAAGGACAGUUACAUUUUUAGAACCAAUGUUAUAAAAGGGGACAUUUAAAGCAAUCCAGUAAUAAAAAUAGAUUCUUUUCGCUCCCUCACCCCAAUGCCCGGUUUGAGUCUUGGGCCUUGCAUUGCUCUCAGAAACACUCUGGAUCUGGCUAAGUUUCAACCAGUGAUCUUCUGAGUGAGCCUACCUGUACACCUUAAGAUCAUACCUGCCUGCUAUCUGUGUUCAAAGUAUAAGGAUCUGGAAUGCUUACAAGAGUACCUGAUUGUAAAGAGAUUGCCUGCCUUAAAUCUGUUUCAGGCCCAAGAAAUGUGAAUCAUAGAAUUGUAGAGCUGAAACGGACCACAAGGGACCAUCUAUUUCUUCUCCUGCAAUGCAGGAAUCUUUUAGCCAUCCCAGCUAUGGGGUCAACUUCCUUUUUGAUACUGAAAUAAAAAGUGGCCGUUUUAUGGGUUCUUAAAUCUCCUAACUUCCUGAGUUUGGAGGGUCUUUUCCAUGGAAGCUCCCAUUGAGUAGCCUCUGCUCCUCUGCAGAAAACACUUUGCAUUUUUGGAAUGGGACUGAAUAACCACGCAGUCUCUGCGUCUUUAUAGUGGUGACUGCUUGUGAAAAUUGAUUUCUUACAACCUGGAAAGUGGAGACCUUAUUUACACACACUGCUUUCAUUUGAAGCUCUGGUCCAAGUUGUUUAAAGUGUGUGUCUGUAAAAUGUAAUGUGUGAGUGGGGGAAAUGUGUGUUUGGAAACAGGUUUCUUAGCUGCAGCCCAGAAAGGAGAAAGGCUGUAGCUCUGCCGUAGAGCAACUGCUUUGCAUGCAGAAGGUCUCGGGCUCAAUCCAUCUCCAGGUAGGAUCGGGAGAGAACCCUGCUUGGAGCACUGGAGAGCCACUCAUAACCAGUUGAAACCCUGGAGAGGUGCUGCCAGCCAGUGUAGACGACACUGAACUAGAUAGACCCAAAGGUCUGACUUUGUAUAUACGUUCUGCAGUCACCAAAGAGGCAGGAUUAAAUGCAGCUGUUCCGUCUGCAGGUUUCCCUGCCACACAAUGUGGAGAAAAGGGGACUGGAAGGAGGCAGAAAAAGCCACUGAAAGGGAAGUGGCUGCAGCAGAACAGAUGGGGCAGAAACGCCCCAGUCAAAAUAAGGGAUUAAGAGAACAGGGACUUAUGAUUGUUUCAUGGUUAAUCCCCCUAGC